UUUGCAGGGACUCCUGCAGACUGUGCAUCUUUGGGAAUCUCGGGAUCACUUUUUCCUUCAGUUCCUGAUCUGGUAGUCAGUGGCAUUAACAUGGGUAGCAACUGUGGUUAUCACAUUGUUUACUCUGGCACAGUCGCAGGUGCUAGAGAGGCCUUCUUUAAUGAUAUACCUGCUGUUUCCAUGUCAUAUGAUUGGGUUGCAGGAAAAAGCAACUAUGAUGACUUUACACUUGGUGCUGAGGCUUGCUUGCCAAUUAUUAAUGGGAUACUGUCUGAGAUAAAAAAUAAAACUUAUCCUCUAAGUUGCUUUUUGAAUGUAGAUCUGCCGAAUAACAUCACCAAUCAUAAGGGAUAUAAGCUGGCUAAGCAGGGCAAAGCUAUAUUCAGAAUGGCAUGGACGCCAGUUACAUCUGAAAAGCAAGGGGGACAGAUGUUAUCCACCAUGGAGAUGGCUACAAAUUCAACAGAAAAGAUGGAAAUUGAUGCAUCAAAUUCAUCAUCAGGACAUCUUCUGUUCAAGAGAGUGGUAAAUUGGAGCCAGGUUGAUAACGAUGAUACAGACAAGAAGUUUCUUGAGGAGGGAUAUAUCGUGGUUACUCCUCUUCAAGCUCUCUCUCGUGCUGACCCUGAUAGUGUCUCCUAUUUCAAGCAAUUGUUCCCAAGUGUGAUUGGUCCCUCUUUUUCAUCAGCCUUAUAAUGCUGUGCAUUCCUCAGUGAUUUGUGAAGCACUGAUUAGAAGAGCCUUAUGGGCUCAAGUGGUGCUGAAUUCCUCGGAGGUUUUUUCUGCGAGAUAUCGUAUGAUUCUUGGCCUUCUGUUACUGAUAUUAGUUAAUAAAGAUGGUAAACCUUGUAGUGCAUUCGAUCUGGGAUCUAUUUGCAUUUCAAGAAAUGUCUACGAAAGCUAUGGUUUUCUCAUCUAUGGAUUUGCUAUUGGUGUUAAACUUUAUUUUAUUUCAUAUAUAUAUAUAUGUAUGUUUUUUAACCUUGUAGUAUUAAUAUUUAUGCCCUAAUAAAAAAAAAAAAUAGUU